AUGGCUGGCGCUACUGCUCCUGGUCUCGCAAUUUGUACCCUCCUUCUCCUGGUAUUCGAUGUCCUAUCGUGGGCGCUCAGGUUCUAUGUGCGCCUCUCCAGGAAAGCAUGGGGCCCGGAUGAUUGGUGCAUGCUCAUUGCCAUCCCGAUAUUUGCUAUCUCUACGACUGGAAUGCUGGGAAUUGCGUUCACCGGUGGUGGCCUAAGAGAUGAUCAGCUUACUUCGAAGCAGCAGGAGACUGCAAUGUUUUGGUGGUUCAUUAUGCAGACCAUGUGGUGUCUUGCUGCCAUUCCAGUAAAAUGGUCGAUUUGCUUUACGCUUCUUCGUAUCGCCAACAAGCAGCUACUCUACACGAUACCUAUCUACUGUUGUAUGGGGGCUGUAUUCCUCGUAAUGACAUCUACGACGAUCUACGAGUUCUUUCAUUGUGAUCCCGUCGCGAUGAAUUGGAAGCCCACAAAAAUCCCCAACGGUCACUGCAAUGCUCAGAGUAAUAUCACCGGCUUCAGCUUCGCUCUUUCAGCCGUUUCCAUAUUCACGGACUGGUUCUGCGCUCUAGUCCCAAUUCCUCUGCUCUGGAAUGUUCAGAUGGACACGCGGAUCAAACUUUCCGUCAUCGCGCUGCUUAGUCUCGGCAUCAUCGCAUCGAUUGCUCCCCUUGUUCGGCUUUCGAUCACCGUCAAUCUUAGUGCGACUAAGAACUUUCUUUACAAUGCGAUGGAUGUGGCUGCGUGGGCACAAGCAGAAGUCGGCAUAGGAAUCAUCGUGGCCAAUCUUCCAGCUCUCCGACCGCUCUUGGAGAAGGUUCUCAGCCUGCGCUCCACCAUCCGAAGCGACAAGCGCAGUAAACAGCAGAAGUCAACAGACCGCUACCUGGAGCUGGAAGAAGGUUUGUCCAGCCAGAAGCAGCACUCCAAAUCAGCGAGCCAAAAGGGAACCGAAACGCGAAUCUACGGCGGAACAACGGUGGCUGGUGACAGCAACUCCACGCUCGGGGACGAUCACAGCCAGAAGAAUAUUGUUACCUCGUCAGCGCAGCGUGACACCGGUAACGGGAUUAUGGUCGACCGCGAGGUGCAGAUUCGUGUGAGCCAGGGUUAG